AGGCAGGGGCAGGAGGGCUGCCUUCCCUGCGUUGCUCUGAGGCCUGGGUGGCCGCGCUGGGCCGGGGCUAGCCCACGUCCCCGCUCGCUGGCCACCCCCUUCCGCCGGCUGUCUUUGCUCGGCUAGGGGACUUCGCGGACACCUCGUUCCCCAUCCCCCCCUUUCCCCCCCUUCUGCUGUGUGGGAAUGGGGAUCCUGACUAAAUGGACGUUGCUGCAACGAGGCCGAUUCCAGUCCCUCGACGCCUGGUGCCAAGGGCGCUCCGGUCCUCCCGGCGCUCCUGCCUUCGUCAGCCCUCCCAGUGGGAAGCACCGGCGGCCGCCUUGGGGAAGGAUGUCGGUUUGCACAUUUUCCUUCCACUCUCCCGCGCUCCCCCCCCCCCUCAACCUAACAGGGAAGUUCUCCGCAAGUCAAAGCUACCGGCUCUUUGUAAUCUGGUUCCAGAGGAGCGAAACAUUCACGUCGCUGAAAGGGAAAUCGGCCAAGCAUCUAGGAAACCCGGGUGCGGCUGUGCGUGGGGAUGCCCUCGACUCUCCCUGUCAUGUGGUCGGAAGAUCUUCCAGGCAAGAACCCUUCCACAAGAGCACCAGGCUUCCACAGACCGCGAGCCGCUGGUUUUGCGGGGGGAACCCCGCCUCGCACGCGCUCACCGGUUGCCCCCAGCCCCGGUUUGGGGACACGCAGCGCCCCCUCCCCAAGUUCUCUCAAAGUUCGCGGAGAGGCAGGGAAACAGGGCGGGCGGGCAGGCGGGAGCGAAUGAGCCGGAGCCUCUCCUGGCGCACCGACCGGCCGACCCCAGCCCCGGUUUGGGAACACGCAGCGCCCCAACCCCCCCAGUUCUCUCAAAGUUCGCGGAGAGGCAGGGAAACAGGGCGGGCGGGCAGGCGGGAGCGAAUGAGCCGGAGCCUCUCCUGGCGCACCGACCGGCCGACCCCUUGGGCCCGCUAA